AUGGCAGUGUUUUACAAAUACGCAAUUGUUAAGUGGUUUAAUUCCCUCGAUAAUGUGUUGUAUAGAUUCAUAUUGGCCAUCUUGACACCGACAUUAGCACUGGUGCCGACUACUAUAUGUAGGCAUAUGGCAUUAUGGCGUACUUCAGAGAUUAUCGAGCCAGAACGAAGCUUUGCGUUGGUUUAUUUCAUACGGGCUUCCUUCAUUACUUUGUAUCGUAUCAUGCAAGCAAACUUUAAGAAUAUCUGGCUGUUUGUCGGGCUAUCUCUUCUAUCUGGUGUCUCAAGUUUACUUAAAACAGCGACUGUUGGUAUCCGUGAGAAAGUAUGGGCGCGAGUUAUCAGGUUUCUGAACAGAACUUGCUGUACGAGACUUCACCAUUUGCCUGGAUACACAGCACAUCAUAGGCGGCUUAAAGCAGACACCGAGAUACAAAAUAUACGUUUUGAGAACUAUUCAUUGAUUCUAAGCCAAUCCUACAUCAUUUUAUAUACAAUUACAAAUUUUCAUCUCUCUGAUUGGUCUGUCGUGAAGUCAUCUUUGACAAGAAUUGCUAUUGGAUUGGUGAUUGAAUUCGUGUUCAAUUUUUUGUCUACUUUUAUUCGCAUACAUUGGUAUAAUAUUCCCAUAACGCGAGUGUGGUCCAAGUACUGGAAACGACAUGUGCUUGCUAAUGGAAUCGUUGUUGCAGUUUUAAUAUGCUAUUUUACCAAACCCUUACUCGCAGUAUUUCAAGAUCGUUUUCAUCAUUCUGGUGCAGAGAAUUAUACUAUUAGAAAUUGUACUCUGCCUUAUGAAAACUGGCGUUGA